CGAAAAGGAGAGAAAGAAACUGGUUUUUAUUUUGAAAAUCUCGAGGCAAGAAGAUGCGGCGGCGCCUCAUGGCCCGCGCCUCCAUUCUGCUCGUUUUCUUCGCCGCACAAUGCCCGCCUUUGAUGGACCUGAUCAUGGUGCGCGCCGAAUUCGAUAUCGUCAGAGUGACGUCAACGCGGUGCUCGGGCGACGCCGAGUGCACGGAGAACGCCGAGUGCGCGAAACCGCACGGAUUUUGCCACUGCCGCCAGAAUUUCGUCUUCUUCGAGGACCUUUGCCUCCCAGUGGCGACGAAAAUCGGCGACGCGUGCUGGGCCGAGGUGCAGUGCCAGUUCACGUUUGGCGCCGACUCGACGUGCAGCGCGGCGGCGAAUGAGGCCGAAACCGGGUCGUGCCGAUGCAACCAGGACAGCCACUUUGCAGACAAAAAAUGCCACCAGUCAAAACUGUUGGGCGAGCGGUGCGCGUCCCGCAGCGACUGCUUCACCAAGGACGGCCGCAACGCGUACUGCGUGGCCGGCAGGUGCGUCUGCCACCAGGAGUACCACCCCAACAAGCCCAGGGAUCAGUGCAUCCUCAACGUUGAACUGGACGGGGAGUGCACGAGGGACGAGGAGUGCGUGGCCGAACUGUCCGUUUGCCACGGCAAGUGCAGUUGCCAGACGGGGGCGGCGCCCUCGGCCGACCGCAGCCGCUGCCUCUUGGUUGCCCACGAGCUGAACGGGCCGUGCGAGGUGGACGGGCAGUGCGUCCAGUUCCUGCCCCUCACCGAGUGCAAACAGGCCGAGUGCACCUGCGUCCCCGGCACCCACCGCACCGACGACAAAUGCUUCCACACCAAAAAUCUGAAUGACGUGUGCGAAGACUCGAGGGAGUGCGCGGGUCACUCUGGCUCGAUGAUCUGCGCCGCCGGCAACUCGCGCUGCAGGUGCGCCCCUGGAUUCAGACCCAGGGACGGCUUCGGCUGCCAACCCAAUUCGGGCAGCGCUCUGGCGGCUCAUUUGAUUAUUUGCCUCGUUUCGUUUCUCGUCUGCAAUUUUUCGUGAGGAGAAAAAACUCCACAGGUUUCAACUCGCGCCCGAUGAGCCACUUUAAUGGUGACGAAGAAGUUUUGCAAACUUAUUUUGCGAGGAGGGAAUGAGAGGACGAACGCAGGAUGGAGGUGAUUUCGUAAUUGCUUCCUCAAAAACUUUUCGACGCACAAAACUUUUCCCAGCGCGAAAUGUGCCGCUCUGUGAAAUUUGACGCAUUGUCUCGAAAUGGAGAGUGACGAAUUUCAUAUCGAAAAAUAAAACCUGAAAAUCAAACUUCCAA